AUGGUUGUGACAGCCGCGUUACGUUGGCAUCGUCAUCAUGCCAUAGCGGACAUAUGCCAUCCGAACAUUCCCCGGGUCAAGGAGGGCAAAGUCCUGUGCUUACGACGCCCGCAGGUCUUCCAGACAGCAGCACUGUGGGCCAAGCCACAACAACAUCGGCGGGGAGGGAAGAUGAAACAGUGGUGGCUUUACCACCGGGCAUGUGGUCCGUUUGUCGCGAGAUGCUACCGCAACACGGCUGGUCUCCUGGCGGAGUGGAAUCAUAUCGGGGCUAGACCCAGUGGAUCUGGGUGCCAGAUCAAGAGGCCAGGCUUGGGUCAUCGCCGUUGA